AUGGGCCGAGCACUUCAGGGCGUCCUCAACUGUCCCUCCAUCAUCUCUGACGUCGCCAUCGCCCGUCUAUCUCAAGUGGAGACCAACGCCGAUCCCGACUUCGCGCCCUCUCUCCGCGAAACCAUCAGGGCCGUGCAGCAGCUCUCCAGCGGUAAUGUGCCUAGACCGGACGCAAUCACUGAUGAGAUCUACGAGCACAGUAGCUCCCAACCUAUGGAUCACCUCACAGCGUUCUUUUAG